AAAUAAUGAGUAAUCACGAAGAUGAUUUAGAAGUACAAGAGCCAGUCGAUCAAUAAAAAGAAGACGAAUCACAAAAGAAAGGAGGUAAGCCUGAUAAUAAAUCUAAGUAGGCACUGACAAUAAACAUUAACUCAAAGAUAUUGACUUAUCAUCAAUUUUUGUGAGAAAUUUGGAUGAAAACACUACAGAAGAUGAUCUUAAAGAAUAUUUUAAAGAUUGUGGAACCAUAGUUAAAGUACCACAAAUAAUGUAAUAUUAGGUGACUUUAAGAAGUGAUAAAAAUACUGGCACACUUUAUUCAUAUGUUCAAUUCCAAGAAUAAAGCUCAGUCGAAGAUGCUUUAGUCUUGAGCGAAGGCAUCAUAAGAGGAAAGAAAAUACUUGUAUUCACAUAAUUUUAUAUUUUAAGGUGUUCCAAAAGAGAACAAACUUAAGAAAUAGAGGUAGAGGAAACAGGGGAGCAAGAGGAUAACGUACUUACAAAUUACUAUAUAAUAGCAUUUUAAUAUAUUACAAGAGGAAGAUAUUUGUAUGCAGAACCAAUUAGAGGAAGAGGAGCUUAUCGUGGUGGCAAAUGAGAUAUUUUCAUAGCCACCAUUGUAUAUUAUUACAAAUAAAUAAAAAAAAUACAAAAAAA